CUACUAAUGCAAAAAAUUGUGUUGCUAUAGCACCAUCGUGACGUCAGAUUGUUUAUACGCCAAAUAAUCGAGCAAAGAGUGAAAGUUUCAAAUUUGAAACAAGAAUUUUUGAGUUUGAUUUACGCGAAAAAUGGAGUCCACCCAGCUUUACCUCAACGAGCAGCUCGUGACCAUAACCGCGGACGCCCACACCGUUAAAAAAUUAAAUGAAGACGACCAAUACCUCGCCGAUUACGUGAACAAAGCGGCAAAAAUGGGCCAAUUCCACUUCCUCUUCACCCACGACCCGAAUUUGCGCCGAAUCGUCGUCAAACGCGCCCCAGCCGCGCUCCAAACCGUUUGGCACAAAAAAGGCCGGCCGUCAGAAAGCGACAAUUUCGCCACCGAUCUUUUACUAAAACUUUGCAAUUCUGAUAAAUACUCCACCAGAUUCAAAAGCGGCCACAGUUUGAAGAACAAACUGUGGGAGGAAAUCGCCGCUGAGAUGCGAACGGCGGGCUUUGACGUCGACGAGGCAAAAUGUGCCCAGAAAUUCAACAGUUUGGCGCAGAAAGGCCCAGAAACGGGCGAGUUGUACACGGAGAUGAGAAAGGGUUUUGAGAGUGAGGAGGAGGACGAUGAGUGGGUGCCCAGAAGUAAUAGAAAAAGGAAAAGUGAGGAAGAUGAUGCCGAUUUUUUCAAGAAGUUGGUUAAGAAAAAUUGUAAACUGAAGGAGGAGCGGUAUAAGGAGAUGUGUGGGUUGAUUAGGCGCAAAAAUGAGUUGCUUGAAGAGAAGUUGAAGCAGAACCAAGAAAUUAUAACACUUUUGGGGAAAUUGGUUAAGAAUUAAUUGAGUGGUUUUGUUGUUUUAUUGCUUUAUUGUGUAAUGGAAGACAGUUGGAAGACUUAAAAUUAAUAAAGCUACAAGUGUUUGGCGCCGAUUUCAUAAUUUCAUGCGUUCGUUAACAUAUUUAAUCAAAAAAAAAAACGGAGAAGGAAUAA